AUGUUUGACGGAACUGCGUUGCGUGACACCAAAUCGGUCCUUAGCGCACACAGCAUGUCACAAAACAACGCCGCAACAAACAUACGUCAGAUGUCACAUUAUGACGUGUUGCAAGUAGCGCACGAUGCAACGGUUGAGGAAAUUCGAAAAGCCUAUCAAACGUUGGCCUUGCAAUAUCAUCCUGAUAAGCGGAAAAAUGAUCACGAUUCGGAGUGGUUUAUUCGCAUCGAUGCAGCUUGGAAGGUGCUGCGGGAUGAACAGGGGCGUCGAGUCUACGAUGCAGAGCUGAUGCAACGGUCGUGCCAGGACGAGUAUUUUGUGAACGAGAUCCUAAAAGAGGCAGAUUUCGGUAGAAACCAAGAAGAUGGCUACAACUAUCACGCGUGUCGAUGUGGCGGAUAUUACGUUUUGCCGGAUGCACCGAUUGUCGAAAGGAUAUACGUCGGUUGUGAUGAAUGUUCUCUGGUAGUGCAGGUGAACCCAUCAUAAAGAAAAUGUUAUUUAUUACACGAGGAUGCGAUUCCUUUGAAAAGGAGCCUAUAAUAA